AUGCCGUUGCCAUUCGAAGGAUUGAUUCCAUAUGCCAUAAUGACAGCGUUUUAUGGUUUGGCGGGCCAUGGCGUUGGCUAUAUUAGAUACUGGGAUAAUGGUUGGAAGAAAGAUAGAUACAACUUGGAUCUGUGGGAUGAAAAGAUGAUGCAAAGAGAUUUCUUGUUGACGGGAACUAAAAGAGGACAGUCGUCGGAGCCUAUAGCGCCAGAUCACUUCAAGACAGCAGAAGUUAAAUUACAAAGAUACUGGACACCGUACAGAGACCAAUACUUCUCAUUCAGAGAAAGAUUAUACAGAGGUUACGUUACUGGUAAUUGGGAUUUCUCUUAA